GCGACGAUCGGAUCGAUUCGGAGCAAGUUCUGGAUAACGAACUUGCGGAGACUGCUACGGAGGGUGGUGAGCAAAUGCAACGUUUGCAAGCUGCGGAAGGCACGACCCACACAGCCCGAGAUGGGCCCCCUGCCUGCGGAUCGGCUAGAGGCCAACGGAUGGCCAUUUAAGUCUACUGGCCUGGACUACUUUGGGCCGCUCCUUGUGACAAUUGGACGUCACACAGAGAAGAGCUGGGUGGCACUGUUUACGUGCCUGACCACGAGAGCUAUCCACUUGGAGAUGGCUCACGAUUUGUCCACCGACUCCUGCAUAAUCGCCAUGAGGAACUUCAUGAGCCGCCGUGGACCAGUGGUCAGGAUAAGGAGCGACAAUGGGAAGAACUUCGUUGGAGCCGACCGCGAGGCCAAGAGGUUCAGCGAAGUGUUCGAGCCUGCACAGAUCCAGGGCGAGCUGUCGUCUAAGGGAGUCGAAUGGAUCUUCAACUGCCCGGCGAACCCAGCUGAAGGUGGUGCCUGGGAGAGGAUGGUGCAGUGCGUGAAGAAGGUGCUGGCGCACACAAUGAAGGAGCUCGCGCCCAAGGAGCAUGUACUGGAGAACCUGCUGAUUGAGGCGGAGAGCAUCGUAAACUCUCGUCCGCUCACUCAUCUACCGGUGACGGUGGACCAGGAGGCUCCACUGACGCCUAACGAUUUGCUGAAAGGAGCAUCGGAUAUCCCAGGUCUCCCCAAGGAUGAUGGACAGGAGCCCGUGAGAUCCGCUACUAGGAAGCAGUGGCGCAUAGCAAGGAUGAUGCGCGAUCGCUUCUGGAAGCGUUGGGUGCAUGAGUACCUGCCAACUCUUGUGCGCAGGGAGAAAUGGUGCAAGCGCGUCGAGCCCAUCCGACGAGGAGACCUGGUAUUCAUCUGCGAUCCAGCCAUACCACGAAGGGAAUGGAAACGAGGCGUCGUGGAAGAGGUGUUCACCGGGAAGGAUGGAGUACCUCGUCGAGCAGCGGUGCGGACUACCGAUCGAGCCCAGACGACUAUGCGUCCCGCUUCGAAGCUAACUGUCCUGGACGUGGUGAAUGCGGCUGCUUCACGGGGGUGGGGAUGUCGCGGAACAAACUAGUGGCUAUCGAUAGUUGAGAUUAGUGUUAGGUGUCAAAUGUCAGUAUUUUUUAUGUUUAGGGUUUUAAGUUUAUGUUAUCUGUUCACACUAAAACGUAGUUUGGAAGAAAUAAUUUGGCGGAUAAAACACAUCGAUUUGCGCCAUCACAGAAAGGGGAAGAGAAACUGCGAAUAAAACGCUCGUUACACACCACAUCACUUCAACAACUGUCCUGAGUGUUAUAAGGCAUUCCCGUGAUCGGCCAAGCGGUGACAA